CUUUGGUUAUAUUUAGAACAAGUCCAGUGCGACAAGAUGCACCGCCCGUGGAGAUCCGCGAUUACCCGUGCGUUUCAAAUGUCAUAAUUUUUCGGCAAAAUCAUCCGCGGUUACUGUCCAAAUUUCUCUCGUGUAUCGCCCGUUCUUGCCAGAUUUUCGGUUUUUGUUAUCUCGGUUGAUUUCUAACAUUCUAAGCAUUUAACAUGGGAGACUCAGCUUCGAUAAAAGGACGCUUGACAGUUAAUUCACAGAAGAGAAUGCCAGAUGUAAUACUAUAUACCAGAGAUGUGAUGAUUCCUGUUGUAAAACCUUUUAAGCAGAGCUGCAACAUUCCCAUCCCCGAGAGCAGGGAUCACGUUCCGAGAACACGACAAAUAAACUAUAGAAACAAUCCUCUAUUACUAUUUUCGGAGCCACCCUUGAACAUACUAUACAAUCCAUUGAAAAAUUCGUCCGAGGUAAAAAGAGUCAGCCAUUGGACUGCAGCCAAGAAUCAAAGUAUGAAACAUACUGUUUUUCGCAAGAUCGAUUCUUCAAGCAUCAAGAAAGCCAGUAUUUCGCAAAACUCGUACCCAUCACAGGGAUUAUCUCGCAAGGAGAGAAAUAAUGCAUUACAUUUUCCCAAUACAAUGUUCAUGCAAUUUGAACCAUUGACAGACGACAAAGAUUUGCACAGGGCAAGUUCAAGAUCUAUAAAAUUAUCAAGGAAGUGCGAUCUGUCGCAGAUAAAGGAAAGCCAGACAAAGCACGAAGACACGUUUGCAUUUUUGCCGAAGAUAGAAGUAUCAGUUAGCAGUAUCACGAGCAAACCAAUUGUGUCAUUACCAAGUCAAUCGUUCUACAAUAUUAUAGACACUUCCUCCACAGUGUCAACACAAUCAGUGUCAAGCUUCAAGAUUGGAAAGAAGAAAACAUUUGCAAACAUUGCGGAUAAGAAGAAAUUAACAUCUGGUGUAGCAUUGAAUCAUUUGCAUCCUAGUAACAGCGAAUAUGAAAUAAAUGUUUUACAUUACGAAAAUGAUAUUCUGACAGGGGACAACUCUCCACAGUUUAUGCAAUCACAUUUGAAGUCCACUAACACAAAUUGCAGUUUAGCCAAAGAGAAUGACAAUGAUAAUUUUGCUAACGAGAGAAAUGCAAUAAAAAGUCAAGGAUGGAAUGAGGAUAAAACUGUAGGUCGUGUUAAAUAUUCAUGGGAAAUGGACGAUUGGGUGCCACCUUCAAAAAAAGAGCCCAACAACACACGUGAAAUAAAAUUUGCUGAGAAGAACGGCAAGAGUUAUGACUGUAAAAUAAAAUAUUCCUGGCAAGUUAUUGGAACAAGCACGCAGACAUCGUAUACCUUAUUGCAAGAUUUAUUAAAUAAUACAGAGGACAAUAAAUCCUCAUACAAAAUGUGCAGCAUUAAAUAUUCCUGGCAAAUCAUAGGAAUUAAUACGCAAGCGUCUUUACACGAUUAUAACGAUCCAGAUUAUUGGAGCGGCGUAUUGUUGACACCAAAUAAGAAUUAUAACGAAAACGAAGCUGAAAUUGGCAAUAAUGAAAUAGAUUAUGCUAAAUAUCGAAAAGGAAGACUGAAGAAAUACUUGAUAUUAAACAAUCAGCAGACCCAAACUUUUGCUGAAAAAGAAGUUCAAGCUGGCCCUAACGAUUGCAAUACCAAAUAUUCUUGGCACAACUUAAUUACACAAUAUCUAUCAUUGAUUUUUCUUUCAGAUAUGGAACAAAUUUUAGAAGCGUUGACCAAACAAAAACUAUCAGAUAAAUUGGAGCUGGAGCAAAUCGACAAUUAUGAUGAAUUAUUACGCAGAUACCUAAUAAAGCCAUUAACGCCAAAUAUUUCUAGUAAGAGUUCUGUGAUAUACGAUAACGGUAAUGAAAAGACGAGGAAGGAACUUCUGAUGAGAUUAAUGUAUGCAUUAAAGAAAUUAAAUCAAUGUGAACGAAAUAUCGAUAAAAAGAGCACAGACGUAUCGCGUCUCGAUGUAGAAGAUACUUUGGCACAAAAAGGAAACGUACUGCCACAGAAUGUGGAAGAAAAUAUCAAAGGCAUUAUACAAUCUACACAGGAAUAUAUAGUAAAACUAGAUUAUCAAUUGAAAGAUCUCGACAAUGCUGAUCAGCAGAUAGAAAAUAGUAUGAUGAGAACCUUAAAAGAUAUAGACGGGACGUUUCAAUCUUUGUUAGAUGAUGUGUGCCACGAGAUUAAUAAGAGACGUGAACAGCUGAUACUGGAGACUGAAAUUCACAAACAUGAGAGUCUGAUACCAUUGAGAGCUUGCAGAAGAGAGGUAGAGGCACAGGUGCUGAAUGCACAGAAUAUUAUAUCGAUGAGCGAAGGUAUUCUACAGCAUCCGCAUCGAUACAACGCGAACGGAUUUGGAAAGAUAAUGUCUGCAAGUAAUGAUAUAGGCAGGAUUCCAGCAGUGCCAUAUUCCGAUGAGCUUCCAAAUAUAAACUUUGAUCGUCCAUCGAAUCCAUUGUACAAAGAAGAGAUUGUAGAGCAGAUAUCGAAACUCGGAUCCAUCUCUCGCACAGUACCUGUUCAAAUAAUGAACAUCGAGGAGAGACCAGCGGGCUUAUUCGUUAAAUGGCACAUAACUAAUCCGGAAUACUUCGCCGAGGAACAGACGUUUGUCGUAGAGAAAGCUAACGGAGAGAUUCUCGACCCGGCAUCGAGCAAGUUUGAAACGGUGUACAGAGGAUCCGAGACCUUUUGCUUCAUCAGAAAUAUACCUGUUGGUAAACCAGUUACACUCAGAGUCAGAAUACAAGCAGAUAACGUCGCAAUGAGUGUCCAUCAUGUUACACGAACUUUUAUACCACCAUACAGCUGGGAACUUGACAACAAGAAUUACAUGAUCACCAAUAAUAAAACUGCUGCGAAAGUCACAGAUACUAUAAGCACGCUGUUUUCGCAAGGUCCUCAAUUCGACGAAAAUCACAUAAUUGAAUUUAAGUUUUUAGAAGUUCCGCAAGAAGAAAACGACGACGAAGGUAUCGCGUUGGUUUAUGAUCCGCAAGGUGGUCACGACUCUUUGAAAAGAGCAGCGGCGCUGAUGAUAACGCCUCAAGGCAAGAUCUUCAUGGACGGCGACGAGAAACUGAUGCGCCUGCCGAGAAUGCGUUGCGGUGCGGUCAUCAUGAUCUCUGCCUUCCGGAAAAACGCUCACGUGUUGCGAGUGAAUAUCGAGUCUGAAAACAAAUGCGUCACGUAUGAUUGGCGCGUACAAACGCCGCUGUAUCUUGCCGCCCGGUUUACAGAGCCGAAAAAGUGGCGUCUAACGAUCGAGUGAGAAAAUACGCACGAGAUCGAGAGCGGGAAUACGCAAUUUAUUUUUAUUACAGAACACACAAAACACAAUAUGUAAUAUUUUGUGGCAAUAAAGGGAAAGUGCCUUACGUCGCAUUCAACCGGAA